UGGCAAUUUGCUAAAACCCAAAACGGAAAAGAUGAAAUUUGUAUGAAUAAGUGUAAUUUACGCAACAAUGAGCUUCUCCCUCAAUUAUAUAUAUUGAAUGAAUUGAAAGAAAGUUUAGGACAACAAACCCAGAAACAAACAAACAGAUAGAAUCAUCAUCAUUCAUCACCACCUAGUAAUGCCCAUGUUUUUUAUUGAUUGAAUAAACAAACAAACCAGACAAAAACACACACAGUAAAAUGAGAAACCCAUUUAGGACUUUUCACAAACACUUCACAUUCAUUUCCUUCCAUAAAAAUCCUCACUCUUAUGGUUUCCUAACUUCUUCUUCUCCUACACACCCCACCAUCUUUCAAUUUCGCUCAUCAUAUUCCUCAUCUCCAUCUUCUACAUUUAUGGAGGUAUUCAAAGCAAUUGCUAAGCAAGACCUUGCAUCCCACGCAAAUGUUGCUAUCAGAGCUGAUCAGAAGAGUUAUAGUUACAAGCAACUUAUCUCGUCGGCACUGAAGAUAUCUAAUCUCUUGUGUGGAAGUGAUGUCAAAGCAGGAAAUCUUGGUGGAGCACGAAUAGGAAUUGUAGCGAAACCCUCUGCUGAAUUUGUUGCAGGAAUACUUGGGACUUGGCUUAGUGGAGGUGUUGCUGUUCCACUUGCAGUCAGCUAUCCAGAAGUAGAGCUCCUCUAUGUGAUGAAUAAUUCGGACACAUCUGCAAUACUGAGUACUGAAGAUCAUAGUGAAUUAAUGCAAAACAUCGCCAAUAAAACCUCUUCUCAAUUUUUUCAUCUUCCGCCUGUUGCUAAUAAGUCGUUAGAGAAGAGUAGAGAUGAACAUUCACAUAAUGGGGAAAUUGAUUCAAACAGAAUUUUCCUGGAGAAUAUUCAAAGAUCAAGUGAAGAUCCGGCACUCAUUUUGUACACUAGCGGAACAACAGGUAAACCUAAGGGAGUUGUUCAUACACAUGGAAGCAUCAUUGCUCAGGUCCAAUCCUUGGCAAAAGCGUGGGAGUACACAUCUGCCGAUCAGUUUUUGCAUUGUCUACCACUGCAUCAUGUCCAUGGGCUUUUCAACGGUUUACUGGCUCCUCUCUACGCUGGAUCCACGGUUGAGUUUUUGCCAAAAUUUAGUGUCAGGGGAGUUUGGCAGAGAUGGCGUGAGUCAUAUCCAACUGAAGGAUCUAAGGCUGAUGAUGCUAUAACUGUAUUUACUGGAGUUCCAACUAUAUAUGCCCGAUUAAUUCAAGGUUAUCAUGCGAUGGAUCCAGAGCUACAAGCUGUUUCAGCAUCUGCUGCAAGGAACUUGCGUCUAAUGAUGUGUGGGUCCUCGGCACUUCCUCAGCCUGUUAUGCAAGAAUGGGAAGCAAUCACUGGGCAUCGUUUAUUGGAACGAUAUGGCAUGACUGAAUUUGUCAUGGCAUUGUCAAAUCCAUUGAAAGGUGAGCGUAAGGCAGGCACAGUUGGAAAACCAUUGCCUGGUGUGCAGGUCCAGAUUCUUGCAGAUGGGGAGAGUUGGAGUGAAGGAACUGGAGCCAGUGGUGAGCUUUGCGUUAAAAGCCCUUCACUGUUUAAAGAAUAUUGGAAACUUCCAGAGGUAACGAAGGAAUCAUUUACAGAAGAAGGGUUCUUUAAGACCGGAGAUGCCGUUACAACAGAUAAAGAUGGAUAUUACAUCAUUCUAGGACGUACUAAUGCAGAUAUCAUCAAGGCCGGUGGCUAUAAGCUGUCUGCAUUGGAAAUCGAAUCAGUUAUAAUAGAGCAUCCAUCUGUCUCAGAAUGUUGUGUCUUGGGAUUACCACACAAAGAAUAUGGAGAAAUUGUUGGUGCAAUUAUCGUGCCAGAGUCCGAUGUUAAAAGAAAGCGAGAUGAAGAGUCAAAGCCUGCUCUAAGCCUUGAAGAAUUAUCCACCUGGGCCAAAGAUAAACUUGCACCUUACAAGAUACCAACUCGACUUAUCGUGUGGGACUCACUCCCCCGCAAUGCAAUGGGGAAGGUAAGUAAAAAAGAGCUGAAGAAGAUGCUAGCUUCAGAAUAGUAAACAACCAUUUGAACAUUAUUAUAAUUUACUGGGCAAAGUCAAUUUUGUGAAAGCAGUUGUAUAAUGGUGCCAAUCUUAAACAAGAGAAGCCUUUAUUUUGGCUUUUCACAAGUACAAUAAGUAUACCAUUUUAAAUUUUUUAGGGUGAUUGAAUGUAUUGUGUCUAUGUAUCUAGACAAUAUGUAUAUUAGUGAUAAAUCUUAAAUAGUAUUGUUUGUGAGGUAUAAAAACAUGUAAUUUUUUAAAUUUA